GUCUUACUCUCUCAUACUGUUACACAUUUAAUCUAAAGUGUAUUUACAACAGUGUGUAACCCUCAAAAAAAUAUUUUAGGCUUUGUUUCCCCCUGUGCAUAUUUGAUGUUGACUUAUAUAGAGUUCUACUAGCGUUGAGAGGCACAUCAUUCAUGAAUAAUUGAGUAUGUAAUGUGGUAUCCUGUAACUGUUUUGUAGAAGUGCUAUGCUGCGAGUUUAGGUUUUCUUUUGGCUAGUGACUAUUAGUCUACAAAAGAAUGACACAAGAAUUGACAGAAGCAGACUUUGGAGGACAUUUCAUGGUUUGGUUUCUGCAGCAAUAAGGGAAACAUGAUGUGUCCAGAGAUGUUAUCAUAUAUGAUGGAUUUUAUAGUUCAGAGGACUGAUGUCUGAGCUAAUGGGGUGUCUGACAUAGAAGUACAUGACAUCAGAGCUACAUAUUGAUGGAAAUUUUGGUUAGUCAACUUUGCGGGACAUCGCUCAUUGCAGAAAAAUGACAGGGCACUCAGAGGAAGACACAACAUCUCUGUCUGUGAAGGAGGGCAGAGAAAAACGUGUAUCAUUUCCCCCAGAUGAGGAGGUGGUGUCUGACUUUGUGGAGAGCAGGGUUCAACUUCAAGAGGCUGACAGUCUCAGUCUGACAGAUAUAAUUCUGGCCUACAAGCAGAGCUGUGAAAAGCACCACGUGAAACCAAACCCAAAGGCUCUUGAUCAAUUAAAGCAAAUUACUUGUGUUACAGACAGAGCCAGGUGUUUUGACCUGUCAGGUGAACGGUUAGAUUAUUGCUCCUGCGAAUCUCUUGAAGAGAUCCUGAAAUCAGUGAAAUUUGAUUUUAUCAGUCUGCAGGGGGCCGAGCUUGAGGAAAAUGGAGCAUCAUCUUUGCUGGAUAUGUUUUUGUACUACGAAUCAGCUACGCACCUCGACAUGUCAUCAAACUCAGGCAUGGGAUUCUCAGGUUGGCUUUCACUGUCACACCUCCUUCGACAGAGUGGAUGCCUGUGGAGGCUAGAUGCUUGCAACAUGCCCAUGGUGGACUACGCCGCACAGGCCUUGUCAAAAGCCCUUCUCACCAGCAGGCUGACAGUGCUACACCUUGAAAACACCUGCCUGAGUGGCAAACCUCUCUUCACACUUGUCGGUGCUCUGAAAAGGAACAUCACUUUGCAGGAGCUUUACCUCUCUGAAAACAACCUCAAUGGCUGCCAGGACUCCAUGCAACUUGCCGACCUUCUUAAAUACAACAGCACUCUUAGGACCUUGGACCUAAGCAACAAUACCACGUCUGACUCAGGUUUGGAGGAGAUUUGUGAUGCUUUGAGCUUUCAGAAGACUGGUUUGAGGACUCUGAUACUGAGUAACAAUCACAUCACUCAUCUUGGCAUGAGCCAUCUACAGAAUGUUCUGCCCUGCUUAAAAACCCUCGAAACGUUAAACCUUGGCAAAAACAACCUUGAGAACAGAGGCAUUCACACGUUAAAGGAGUCCCUCAUGAUCAAUCGCUCUUUAUUGCAACUUGGCCUAGCUGCCACAGGAAUAACAUGCGAGGGUGCUGUGACUUUGGCUGAGAUCCUUGCAGAGAGUCCACAGAUCCAGCGUUUGGACGUACGGCAGAACCAGGUGCUCGCUGGGGGCCUCAUGGCUCUCUCAUUGGCCCUAAAGAUCAACCGUUCACUCAUCAGACUGGAUCUGGACGAACACCUGAAAGAGGAAAAGGAGGACUUCCUGGUUGAAACGCAGAAGACACUGCUGAGCAGGAUCUCCGAUCUGUGCGUGGUGAAUGCGACGGCCGCCAAGGGGACGGCUCUGCUGCCUGCUCCUCCAGACCUGGCCGACUGCGCCGAGACCACCUAUUCACUCCCCACCCAAACAGCUGAGUAGAAGACAUAUAAGCAUAAUAAUUCUAUGGCAAAUAACGAUAACCAUAAAACUCCAAAUCCCGGUAAUAAAGCCGAAGCCUCUCUCCCUAAUGAAACAGUGGCCCUCCUGCUGUUUCCUGCCUAAUGUUCCCGCCGAGGCUUCCUCCACUUUCCAUAAAGCAAUUUUGCAAGCCCACUCCCAACGUGAAUCAUCUCGAAACGAAGAGAAGCCUCUCCCUCCAUCUCUCCUCAUGUCCCCGGAGGGUGACGCUGACUAAAUCUGUGUUGAUACAGAGGUGUGCUCUAAAUCCUGUUUGCUCGGGUUCCAUCUCCCCUAAUAUUCACACUCUUGUAUGAGGCCCCUUCCCUGCCUGCGUCUGCUAAUGUAGCGUAUCGUCGUCUGGAUGACAAGACGACAUCGAUGAGCUUCUCACAAUGUGUGGGAAGGAGAACAUAUGUUAAAUUUAAGAAGCUGGGAUUUACCUCUGCGCGGGUCUUAGUUUACAUCCGCUACUCGGCGCUAGCCGACAACAAAGGACGAAUCGCCGUUUUGUAUGGUUUAUGUUGUGGAUGCACAUGAAAAGGUGUUAUAUCUGAAAAUAUAGGCGGCUUUUGUGGAAGUCGCACUAAAUACCAUCUGCCUUGUCUUUAAAUUCAAAGUAAUUUAGAAUAUGUUUGAUAAAUGAAAAACAACCUUUGUGAAAUGCAAUAAAUGAGUUAACGGUGAGAUUGGGUUUGUAAAUUUGAUUUAAAUUUCCGUUAACAUUUCCACACUGAGUAUGUAAUUACAGUGUUUAAAAAUAGGCUUGUUUUUGUGUGUGUGUGUGUGUGUGUGUGUAAUCAAUUAGAUUUAAUUUCUCCAACACAUGCCAUUCAUUUAUUUCUAAUUAAUUCUGUUUACCUAUUAAUUUUUCAAAAGAAAAACUUUCAACUGUAAAAAAUAAAAAAAAUGCAACUGAAGAUAUUUUUAUAAAAAAUAAAAAUAAAAUAAAGACCUUUCUAAAAUAAGAAUGUCAGUAAUGUGAAUUGUUCCACACACAUUGCAUAUCAAAAACUACAGUAAUAUCACUCAGAGAUUUGAAUGCUUUUCUUGGCAAAUCCCAAAUUACUCAAAGAUUUCUUGAUUGACAGAUGAGGGGGGAUAACUGUAUUUAGCCAGGGACCAUCUUUCCUCAUCUGGCGUGAUUUGGGUCUCAUGGAGGAUUGGCCCCCCUGGUGUCUGCCCCCCUCCUCCUCUCGGCACGGGGCAGGGGCAGAUUGACAGAACAGCAUGGGGGCAAGCGCCGCUGUGCCAACAGCCCCCCCACGCUCUACCUGAUGUUUUUAACAAAGGCUUCCAUCUCACAAACUCUGCUGCCGAACAUCGCCCAGCCAGCUUCAACCCACCCCGGCUCUGGAACAAACAGACUUUGAAACCUGAUCGCAAGGAUGUUGGGAACAGAUGCACAGACGCUGGGAAUGAUGCAGCGUGUACGGCUGUACUCAAAGAUAAAAUGUCAAACAUUUUUCAGUCGGAGCCCAAGAAAUUGGACAGUUGUUAGUGAGCACCUACUUGUAAUUGACAGGAGGAUAUUGGGUGCUUGGUUUCUAUUAUAUAUAUAGACUGGGGCUAGUUGUCACACUUUUUUACUUCAGUGAAUAUGUAGGUUUAUCUUUGAAAGUCAAUUCAAUAAAAUCUUAGCUAAAAAAAAAUAAAUAAAUUAAAAUAAAAUGUAGCUAC